AUGCAGACCAAUAUAGCUGCGUUCCUUUUAAACGGAAGGAAACAGUCCAACAAGGCGGAGAAACAUGUUUCGGCAAAGGCACUCGAGCAUGGCAAUGGCCCUUCCUACACAUUUGAAACAUCCGUGUAUAAAUGCCGCGGGCUUUCUCGGGCCUUGUUUGUCUCCUCCCUCGGUCAAGAUGGGGCCCUUACGGCCGAAACAAUGACCAUGAUCUCCGGGGCUAGACUACAGAAGUCGCGCUACGAUGCUCGAGAUGUCACGUCGGCGCCCGCCCGCCGACCUGAUCUGAUGUCUCUGGCCUGCAGGACGCAGUCUGACGGUGAGCACGUAGUGAGACCAAGAAAACGUGUCCCAUCUUCGUGGACGGGAGAGCACACCGAGGACCCUCCGAGAUCUUCCCCGGGCCUUUGUGGUGCUCACAUCUCAAUAUUCACAAUAGGGGCUUCGACCAGGUCUUCCCGAUCCGUUAACCUCUGCGUCACCGUCUCGGCUCUUCUGCCCCCCUUGUAUUUGUCCACUUUCCAAAGGGGGGGCCAGAGGGCGGAAUCCAGCAUGUCUUCGGGCUUGGACACCCGGUCUCCAUAUCGAAGCGGAUUCGGUAUAGCAAAAAUAACAAAGACAGUCGAUCACGUCGUUUCCCCCUCCCCGAAAACUUGGGCUAACGGGCCGCGCCGAAACCACCGCCCUGGCAGGAUCAAGAAAUCGAGCCGAGGAACCGCGUCUCGCGGAUCUGGUCUCGUCCGAACGCCUCGCGCCCCUGUGUUCCUUUCGUCAAUCCCAAUCUCGAGCCAGGCCCCCCCCUAUGUAUCAUCCCACCGAGGGCUCUUUUUUGGUGCAAGACAUACCUACAACAAUGACUCGGACCGCUCACCGAACUUCCUAUUCCAAGCCGGCCCAGUGUUAUCUCAAUGGAACAUCAACUCGACGAAGUGCAAAUUCUGCCUUCAUACGGGGGCCUAUCGAUGGUACGAAUAUAUGACCUUUGUCUCGCCCAUUGAUCCCCCACAAGUUGCCACGUCGUACAAUGUCACACAGCGUCCGGAGAACGGAUGGGUCGUAUCAGUGACGAUCUGCUUUCUUUUUGGGAAAAAUGCCCAGGAAUGGCAACGGCAGAUAGGAGUCGGCGUUGACGUCUUCGAAACCUAUCUGUUCUUUCAUUGUCAAAGGCUGCCGACUCCGGCAUGGACUCCUCAAGUCAACAACGGAAAACCCCGUGUCCGCGACUGGGUUCACUCACUAGCGGGACACAUUUUCCGCGACUGGCCGAAUCUUUUCGAUAGUCUUACUCAAACCCCGGUUGUUGGUGAAGCGUACCUUAGUCUUACUUUAGUCUAUAUCUGUAGUCGCGUUAACUUCCCUUUGGAUAACUUUCAGUGGUUGCUCGUUCCAAGAGCCAUGGCGACGGGACUCCCCAACGGCUCCUAG